UUCUGCCUGUGCACAGAAGACAGCCUGCCUGCCCAGCUGUACUGUUUGACCUUAAGGAAAAGGAAGAGGUCCCUAGUACUAAGGAAUCUUUAUAUCUAGUCCUAAGGAGUGGUUCCAUGGCAAAUCUGAUAACCUUCAUUUGCUUUUUAAUGUUACUAACCCUAACAUACAGCCAAACACCAACACAGGAGGCUCCAAAUUCGCCAAUUAAAAACAUAACUUUGGAUAUGAAGACAAGGUGGCUGAGAUGGACCAAUGUGAAGAGUGUGAAUAACAUCAAAUGUUCUGUUAAAGUGCUCUCACAAUUACAAUACACCAUACAGGCAAGUGAAAACAAGGAGUGCAGACUAAGUUUCUUCUAUCCUUGGUGCCAAGGGGUAGACCUUGAAAUUGAGGGAUUUGCUGGGGAAAGAUUUUUAGAAACAUUACACUUUCCCCGAAGAGGAAAAGAAGGGACCACUGAAGAAAAUUUAUCCUGCCAGGUUCAUGAUGCAAAUCUCAUGGACUGCAAAUGGACAGUGAGAGAAACUCCAAGAGAUAUCCAGUAUCAAUUUUUUUACUCACAAUACCCAAAGACUUUUGUGGAUAAAGAAUGUCCAGAAUACAAGACAGAUUCUGAAGGAAGACAUGUUGGAUGUCAUUUUGAUAACCUCUCAGGAUUCAGAGACCCUGGAGAAUAUCACUUCCUAGUAACUGGAACCAGCAGUGGAAGGGAAGUCCAGUGUAGUGAUAAGUACAUUAAACUAAGUAAAAUUGAAAUAUUUACACCACCAAAUAUCAACAUAAACUGCACAAAUCUUAGCUGUAGCAUGCAGUGGCAGCUACCCAAAAGAAGAGAAUUAUGGGACACUAACUUUGAAUAUCAGCUUCAAAUUCAAAAGGUUGCUAACAAGAAUAUCUUAGAAUCAGAACGCCCUGUUACUAUAGAAGCAACGAAUUUUGACUACAGAAUUACUGGUGGAAAAUAUACUGUGAAAAUAAGAACAAGAAAUUUGUUGAAUAAUGAGAAUUGGAGUGAAUGGAGUGAGCCUCAAGAAUUUGGUCAUGAAGUCCCCAAAUAUAUUCCUCUGCAAGUAUUAAUGUUCUCACUUCUUGGAAUAGCCUUCAUUAUCCUGCUCAUUUUGGGAUAUCUCUGUAAAAGGUAUUAUGUGAUUCAAAAAAUAUUCCCUCCUGUUCCCCAUAUUAAAGACCAAGUUAGUGACAGUUUUCACAAAUACAUGCAGGUAGUCUGGGAAGAAAAUAAAAUACUUCCAGAACAAUGUAAAACUGAAGAGAUACAGGUCAUAGGAAAAAAAUCAAACUGUCCAUAAAACUAAACAAGAUAUUUCGUUGGAUAAUGUUCUUAGAAAUUUCUUUUCUAUAGAAGGGGAAGGAGAUAAGAGAAGGGGGGGGUAAUAGAAGGGAGGGCAGA